ACGUAGAUGUGUAUGGUGAUUAUUUGCUUCUUCCUCGCGUGAAGGAAAGGAAAAAAGAAAGACAAGAAAUAGAACUUGCACUUGCACAAUGGACAACGUACAGGACAAAACCGUACUGAUCACCGGUGGAGUCGGCGGUCUGGGCAGCGAAUUUGUCAAGAUAGUGCUGGAGAACGGCGCAAAAAAGGUCGCCAUCGUGGACUUGCCAACAUCGCAGAAUCGGGCGAAAGUAGCUGAGUUCGAGAGCAAAUACGGUAAAAGUCGCGCCGGUUUUUUCCCCUGCGACAUAACGAAGGUCAAGGAGUACGAGGAGACGUUCAAGAAGAUUGUAGACGCGUUCGGCUACCUCGACAUCCUCGUGAACAACGCCGGAAUGGUGAACGACAAUAAGCUGGAGCAGACGAUCGACCUGAAUAUCACAUCGCUGAUACGCAGUACACUGUUGGCUAUGGAUUACAUGGGGAAGCAUAUGGGCGGUAAAGGUGGUUUGAUCAUCAACAUCGCGUCCGUAGCCGGCCUGAGCGCGAGCUACAUAAUACCAAUCUACUCUGCCACGAAGCACGCAGUUGUCAGUUUCAGCCAGGCCGUGGCGUACUUCUAUCACAACACUGGAGUACGCAUUGUCACGUUAUGUCCGGGAUUCACGGCAACGUCGAUCAUCAUCGGUUCGUUCGAUAAUGUAGUUUUAGAUUUCGUCAAACCUGAGAUCUCCGAAAAGUAUGCGCCAUUCGGGCUGGCACAGGCGAAGGACAAUGUGUCGCGAGCGCUACUGCAUCUUAUACAGAACGCUGAAAAUGGUACGGUCUGGGUAAGCGAAAACAACCAACCGCCGUACUCAGUGAACAUGUGUCAUUAUUCCAAGCGAGCCGAGUAAAAUGCCCGAGGAAUAAUACUUUCGUUAUUCGGUGUUGGGCAUUGAACAGUUUAAAGUCUUUAUUGUCUAUGAUCGGCAAGUCAUUAGUUAAAAUUGAUCAGCCGUGAUAUAUAUAACUGUAUAAUCGAUGAAAUCAAAAGAUUUGUGGGAAUAUUAUGUUAUAAUCUAUUCGACAUUAGUUUUAGUUGAUUUAGUCAAACAGCAUUUCGACUGGUCAAAGUUCAACACUGUUGUUGUUCACCACGUCGACCAACAACGUCACACAUGUGUGAUACAUUGAUUU